AUGUCUUUCUCAGCCGGUGUCUAUCUCUUGAUUCUAGUCUUGAUCCUUGGUUUCUGGCGACUGAGCAGGAUCGGACGUCGGCCAGAGGGCUAUCCUCCUGGUCCACCAACCCUUCCUAUAAUCGGCAACUUACACCAGAUCCCAAACCGAAAGCGCCAUAUUCAGUUCCAAAAAUGGGCUGAGCAGUAUGGCCCUAUCUACUCACUAAUACUAGGGACAAAGGUCAUGAUAGUCCUAAACACAGAUCAAACUGUCAAAGACCUUGUAGACAAGCGAGGUGGUAGCUAUUCAAGCCGACCAGAGUCAUACGUAGGUCAAGAUAUCCUCAGUGGAGGAUUGCGCAUCUUAUUCAUGCCAGAUAAUGAAGUCUGGAAGAUGGCUCGGAAGCUUGUCCAUCGAAUCUUGGGAGUCACAGCGGCUCGAAGCUACAUACCGUACCAGGAUUUAGAGAGCAAAGCGAUGCUGUUCGAUGUCGUGAAGAGUCCGGAUGAUUUCGUUGAUCACCUACGUCGAUACACGGCUUCAUUGACGACUCAGAUAACAUUCGGCUCUCGUACCACGAGCAUUGAAGAUGAGCGGUUCAAAGAGGCAUUUGAAAUAUUUGAUCGCAGUUCUGAGAUGAUUGGAUCAAGAACAGCUGCGCUACUAGAUCUUAUACCCGCUUUGAGGCGCAUCCCAGACUUCCUCAUGCCGAUCAAGAAGGAGGGACGCAAGAUACAUGAGAGAGAACUGGGUCUCUUUCGUGGAUUCUAUCUUGCAGCCAAGAAGGGGCUCAACGACGGCUCAGCCAAGCCUUGUGUCUGCGUCGACCUAGUCAAGUUGCAGAAAGAAGAAGGGUUCUCCGAUACUUUUGCCUCCUAUCUCAGUGGCUCGUUGCUUCAGGCAGGCUCAGAAACAACGGCCAGUAUCCUCAUCGGUUUCGUUCAAGCCAUGGUUAUCUUUCCCGCUGCCGCAAAGACUGCGCAAGCGGAGAUUGAUCGUGUAUGUGGAAAUCAUCUCCCAAGCCUUGAUGAUAUGCCUGAUCUACCUUAUAUCCAUGCUUCUCAACAGGACAGUUAUCUCGGAUAUCAUAUCCCUAAGGGAGCAACAGUUAUCAUUAACGUCUGGGCAAUUCACAAUGACCCAGAGAGACAUCCAUCACCCCGACAGUUCAACCCCAUGCGCUACAUCAACGAUCCACAAACGUCCAUCGAAGCCGCAAAUAACCCAGACCCUACCAAGCGAGACCACUAUGUGUUCGGGGCGGGGAGGCGCAGAUGUCAAGGCAUGCACAUAGCCGACCGGUCGUUAUUUUUAGCUAUUUCCCGCCUUUUGUGGGCGUUCGACUUUGACAGGGUCGUCAGCCCACAGACGGGUAAAGCCAUCAUUCCCGAUGCAGAGGACGUCACUGAAGGUAUAAUGUCUAUACCAUCCCCUUUCCCUGUCCGUAUAGUUCCUCGGAGCACCAAGAGGGCUGAGGCUGUGGCUGCUGCAUGGAGUCAAGCGUCUGAUCUGCUUGACGAGAGUGGACAGUGGAAGGCAGUCCCCAAUGAUCUUCUUUGGGCGAUGCCGGAAUCAUGA